AUGGAAACAAGAAGGACUAAGAAGAAUCAACAGUCUGAGCCUACAACGGAAGAAAGUGUAGAAGAAGUGCAGGAAAUAGGAGACACCAGAACAGAAGAGCCAGCAAGACAAACACCGGUGGACAUGAAUGCAUUGUUUGAAAGACUGGAAAGAAUGAGGAAAGAUGAAACAGAAAGCAGGAAAAGAGUAAGACAAGAAGAAAUGGAAAGACUGGAAAGAGUAAGACAAGAAGAAAUGGAAAGAUUGGAAAGAGUAAGACAAAAAGAUAUGGAAAAAUUGGAAAGAAUGAGGAAAGAAGAAACAGAAAGCAGAAAAGAAGAUAUGGAAAGACUGGAAAGAGUAAGACAAGAAGAUAUGGAAAAAUUGGAAAGAAUGAGGAAAGAUGAAACAGAAAGCAGAAAAAAAGAUAUGGAAAGACUGGAAAGAGUAAGACAAGGAGAAAUUGAAAAAUUGAAAAGAAGAAGGAAUGAAGAUAUGAAGAAGUUACUUGGAAAAAUUGAUGAACAGACAAAUAAUGUUAAGAAGUUAGAAAAAGAAAUUGAAAUAAACCAUAAUAAUUUGAAACAAUAA